AUGAAUCUGUCUCCACUGUUGAAACUCUUGCAUAGUGGAUACGUGUGGGAUUCAGAAGCAGUUCAUGGUUACGCUUGCAAAAUCGGUUUGGACGGUGAUGAGUUUGUUUCCGGAGGUCUUGUUAAAAUAUAUCUGAAGUUUGGUAUGGUUAAGGAAGGUAGGGUGUUUUGUUUGAGUUUGAUGUUGAAGGCUUAUCUGUAUAUGGGUUUUAAAGAAGAAGAAGUGGAGCAGGUCUCUAUUGCAUUUCAUAGAAGUGGCUUGUAUCCCAAUGAAACCACUUUCCGUUACAGUCAUGCCCACUUGCUUAGGAGAUGUAAACCAGGACCAGAGGGUAGAGGAUCCUGCUUGUUGUGCGAGCUUCAGUUUUCUUUGUGA